UUCUUCAUCACAUUUUCCAUUUUUCACACACAACACACACUCAUUAAACUCUCACAUUGUUAAGCAUAUAAAUAAAUCCAGACCAGAGAGGGGUUCCUUCACUCUCUCUCUCUCUCUCUCUCUCUGUCGCUAGCUGUGUGUGUAGUGGAAGAAGAAUGGAAGUGAAGAAGAAGAUAUGUUUGUUGGUGUACUGUGUGUGGUUUGUGUACGCAGUCUCUGGUGUUGCACCACCGCCGGCUCCUUUGGAAGGGCUCCUCCCCAACGGCAACUUUGAAGAAAAGCCAAAGCCCACAGACCUCAAGAAAACAGUGCUCCAGGGCAAACGCGCGCUGCCCAAAUGGGAGAUCGACGGCCUAGUGGAGUACAUCUCCGGCGGCCCACAGCCCGGCGGGAUGUACUUCGCCGUGGCGCACGGCGUCCACGCCGUCCGCCUCGGCAACGAGGCCUCCGUCUCCCAAACAAUCCCAGUCAAAAAUGGCUCACUCUACGCUCUCACGUUUGGCGCAUCAAGAACCUGCGCGCAGGACGAGGUGCUGCGGGUGUCAGUGCCGCCGCAGACAGGGGACCUCCCUCUGCAGACCCUUUACAGCAGCAAUGGCGGCGACACCUACGCUUGGGGAUUUAGGGCUAAUUCCGACUCCGUGAAGGUGAUUUUUCACAAUCCCGGCAGGCAGGAGGAUCCUGCUUGCGGGCCUUUGCUUGAUGCUGUUGCCAUUAAGGAACUCUUCCCACCUAGGCCCACUAGAGUGAACCUGGUGAAGAACAAUGGUUUUGAGGAGGGUCCCCAUCUCCUGAUCAACUCAUCUCACGGAGUCCUCCUCCCUCCCAAACAAGAAGACCUGACCUCCCCGCUCCCCGGCUGGAUCAUCGAAUCACUCAAGGCCGUCAAGUUCAUAGACUCCGCCAAUUUCAACGUCCCGUUUGGGAAAGCUGCAGUGGAGCUGCUUGCAGGAAGAGAGAGCGCCAUCGCCCAAGUCAUCAGAACCGUCCCCAACAAAGCCUACAACCUCACCUUUGUAGUUGGAGAUGCCAAGAACGACUGCCACGGCUCGAUGAUGAUAGAAGCGUUUGCUGCUAAAUCGGUAAUGAAAGCUCCCUUCAAAUCCGAAGGGAAGGGGAAGUUCUCGACCUACAGUUUCAAAUUCACAGCCACGUUGUACAGGACCAGGUUAACGUUCUUCAGCUCGUUCUAUCAUACUAAGGUUCAUGACUAUGGCGCUCUGUGCGGUCCGGUUCUCGACGAAGUCCGAGUUUUCCCUGCUAAGGCUUAGUUUUAUCGGUAUUGAUGAAGUGCCGGAGUUACUAUGUGUAAUGGAGAUAGAACAAUGACUGUUCAGCUUUAUGUGGAGGCUGAUCAAUUCAUCAGGCAUGGUCUGCAGUAUGUAAUUGCAUCAAAACUUAGGUUAUCAGUGAGUUCUUGGUUGCUUUGAGUUGAUUUUUACCACUGCUUCAUAAGGGCUAGUUUUUUCAUAAA